CAGCAGCACCGCAUCCCAGGAACAGAGGAGCAGAUUGCUGUUGGAUCGCCAGUGAUUUUGGAUAUUAGCAAAGGUCGAACAAGGAGAGUGAAAAUGCCUCGGUCCUUCUUGGUGAAAAGUAAAAGGGCGCACAGCUACCACAAGCCCCGCUCCUUAGAAGAUGACUACAAUCGACUGGAUACUAUCUUAGCUCAUAUAUGUGCAGAGAAUAGUACGAUUCCAGAGGACUUGGAUGCCUUGACUGGCGGCGAUGCCAUCGCCGGGCUCUACCCGGACUCUCACCUGGCUGACACGGCUGAUUUCUCCAAGUCCCCGCUCAGCUGUGGGGACAGUGUGUGCGGUCCAGUCUCGGAUUAUGAAGACUUCUGGCGGCCUCCGUCGCCCUCAGCAUCACCAGUAGAUUCUGAUAAAUCCCUGUCUCCCUCCGUGGACGAGACACAACCCUUUGCUGUUCCAUUCCGGCCCUAUGCGUGGAACAGUUACUCUGGUUCUGACAUUCGGCACCUGGUCCAGCAAAGUCUCCACCAUCAGCACCACCAUCCCAUGGACCUGGACCGGAGCCCGGCUCUGGGUUACCAUGGUGACCGGGCCAUCGAACCGACCCUCUUCGAGGGAAACACUGGACCUGAAAAUUACAGUGAUUACAGGGCCGCUGCCUGUUUGUUCGAUAGAGCCACCGCCCCCGGGGUUGGGUUGUACUCGGAAGGGAACCUGCAGGGGAAAAGCUCAGAAAUCAAGGCGGAGUCUGACCUUCUCUGCUCACGGCUAAUUCUGAAUGGUGCCUACAAGUGCAUCAAAUGCAGCAAGGUGUUUUCGACUCCCCAUGGGUUGGAGGUUCACGUUCGCAGAUCACACAGUGGCACGAGGCCCUAUGGUUGUGAUAUAUGUGGCAAAACCUUCGGACAUGCUGUCAGCCUCGAGCAACAUAAAGUUGUGCACUCUCAGGAAAGAAGUUUUGAUUGCAAAAUCUGUGGUAAAAGCUUCAAAAGGUCGUCGACUCUCUCCACGCACCUCCUCAUCCACUCUGAUACACGGCCUUACCCAUGCCAGUAUUGCGGGAAGAGGUUCCACCAGAAAUCAGACAUGAAGAAACACACAUUCAUCCACACAGGUGAGAAGCCGCACAAAUGCCAGGUGUGUGGGAAAGCGUUCAGCCAGAGCUCCAACCUCAUAACGCACAGCCGGAAACACACGGGCUUCAAACCGUUCGGAUGCGACCUCUGCGGCAAGGGAUUCCAGAGAAAAGUCGACUUAAGAAGGCACAAAGAAACCCAGCAUGGACUAAAAGCCUUAAACUAAAAUCAAAUAAUGGACACCAAACACUAUUCAACAAACCACUUUUUUGGAAACCAGAAAUAAGCUAGUUAUCCAUUCCUCAAACAUGUUAGACUAUGACAUACUGGUGGAGUAUUGUAGAGGCUUUUGUGCAGUAUAGGUUAAGACAAAACCGGUUUGAACCAGGGAGGGACAUUAUCUGAACCCAAAAUAUUAGUACAAAAUAACCGGAUAGGCAAUAUAACCACCAAGAAAGCGCAAAAACAAAAACAACAGACGAACAAUUUCCAACGGACAGUUGGGAAAACAGCCCUUGUCUAAAGAAUGUCACUUUGUUUUCAGUUGGACGCCAUGGAUGCUGGCACAACAGUCACUACAACAAGGCUAUGUGAUUUAAUAAACAAAAGGGUUGUGCUUUUAUUUUAUAAACCAGAAAUGUUUUCAUUUUUUCAUUUUCGUUCUUCCAAUUCAAAUUGCACAUUUGUAUUUUAUAUCAACCAGACUGUAUAUCCAGAUGUCGUUUACUAUAAUGCCUAACCUUAUUUAUUGAUCAGAUUAUCAUUUGAA